AUGCACUUACGGCUCGUUACAUCCUCAUUUUUAGCAGCUGGUGCCUUGGGCCAGUCGGUUUGCACCAGCACGGUCAACAUCGGUUUCAGUCCAACAGCCGUCCAGGCAAUCGCCACGUCCAAGGCCAAGUCUAAUUGGGAGUGGGGGACGAACUCGCAGGCACUCUUAGAACUCUAUGACCCUGAUUUGUCAGUGUAUAGCGAUAAUGCCUUCCCAGGAGGCAACAUUCCUGACAGGAAGACCACGGCGACAAUUUACGCCAAGGGCAAGAUCGUGACGUCUGGAAAUACUUUGACUGCAAAAGGAGUCAGCGCGGGCGAUCCCGCCUCGCUCGGUGUUUUCGCAAUCAUGCUCGGCCAAUCCGACUCGUCCACCUACUCACAGGCUGCAACGCGACAAGUCAACGAGCUUCUGAACAACGUUCCAAGGUACUCCAACGGAGCCAUCAGCCAUCGCUACGACGCCACCAUGCUGUGGUCCGACUUCAUCUACAUGGUACCGCCUACCCUGGCAUAUCAGGCUGUCGCAACGAGCGACCAGGACCUGCUGCGGACGGCAAUCAACCAGAUCGGCCUGUACCGCGACAUCCUACAGGACAAGUCCACGGGCUUAUGGAAGCAUAUCGCCGGGUCGCGUACCGAUGCCGGGACGUGGAGCACGGGCAACGGCUGGACGACCAACGGCAUCACGCGGGUCCUCGCCACGGUCAAGCACUGGCCGACGAGCACUGGUUGGACCGCGGAGACGCAGAGCCUGGUCCAAUGGGCCAAAGAGAUCAUCGACGGGACUAUCUCUGUCGGCCCGGAUGCCGGCAGCGGGCUGUUCCGCAACUACAUCACAAUGAGCAGCAGCUUCCCUGAGACUGCUGGGACAGCGGCGCUGGCCGCAUCCGUGUAUCGCCUCGCUGUGCUCGCGCCCGAGACGUUUGCCACGUCCAAUUACAUCGGGGCAGCAGACGCGUGGCGAAAGGCCGUCGUGAAGACGGUUUCGUCAAACGGUCAGCUGGCCCCAGUCGUGAACCCAUACAGCUAUACGCAGAACACGGCGUAUGAUGGCCCCAGCCCUGAGGCACAGGAUUUCGCUGUCUUGCUCUACACUGCGUAUAGGGACUGUAUCUGCGCGGAUAGGUGCAUUGCAAAUUGA